CCGAACCAACCGGUGAAGCAAAGCAAUUGAGCACCUUCGAAGGGAAGAGACCUCAAUCUGCAUUAGAUGUUUAUAACUAUAAGACUGACCAAAUUCAAAGCAUAAUCUUUCCUCUUGGAUUAUUCCACACUCUCUCUAAGCUUCAUGCGGGGCGGGGGGAGAGAGAAGUUGACUCUUUCUUUCCGAAAGCGGUCUGCUCUACGUCUCUUUCUCCUUCAAAUUCUGUGAAGGAAAGCCGUUCUUUUAUACUUCCUGGUCCAUCUGAUGUGUCUUUGAGGGAGAAGAGACUCGCUUUCCUUCUUCAAUUCCCCCCUUCUCCUGUCGGUGGGUGAAAGAGCUGGGUCCCGUAUGAUCAUUGCUCUGCUACUUCUGCAAAGAGUAUAAUCGUGUACAAAAUUUAUAGAAAUGUUUUGCUGAGAUUGUUUCGUGGCUAGUGGAGAUGUUUGGGUGCAAGUGCUUUUGCUGGAGCCGCUUCCCUGAACUCUGUUCGUCCGAGCCAGAGCUGUUCUCUCUGCCUUCACCUCUUCCUCAAUGGCCACCGGGUGGUGGUUUUGCUAGUGGUAGAAUAUGCCUUGGGGAAAUAGAAGUCUUAAAAAUAACCAAGUUUGAGAGAGUUUGGAGCUGCACUCAUCUGCGAGGGGCGCCUCAGGGUUUCACAUUUUAUAGACCAGUGGAGAUUCCAGAUGGCUUUUCCUGCCUUGGUCACUACUGCCAGUCCAACGAUCAGCCAUUGAGAGGAUAUGUUCUUGUGGCCCGUGAAGCUGCUUCCCCCGAAACUGAAGCUAAUUAUGCCCCUUCCUUGUUAGAUAAUCCAGCUCUUAAAAGGCCUCUUGACUAUUCACUAAUAUGGAGCACUGAUUCACCGCAUGAUGGAUGUGGUUACUUUUGGUUGCCAAACCCUCCUGUUGGUUAUAAAGCCAUGGGUGUAGUAGUCACUAGCAAACCAGAUGAACCUCAAGUUGAAGAAGUUCGAUGUGUGCGAGCAGAUCUCACAGAAACUUGUGAGACUUAUGAUUUGUUACUAACAGUAUACUCAAAAUUUGUGAAAAAACUAUUUCAGGUUUGGGACACAAGACCCUGCGAGAGGGGUAUGCUGGGUAGAGGUGUCUCUGUUGGGACAUUCUUCUGUAGUACUUUCUUUGGUUCUGAACAAGUGGUAGAUAUCGCAUGCUUGAAAAAUCUUGAUUCCACUUUACAUGCAAUGCCAAAUCUAAACCAGCUUCGCGCACUUAUCCAGCAUUAUGGACCCACAGUUUACUUCCACCCUGAUGAGAUAUACAUGCCAUCAUCAGUGGAAUGGUUUUUUAAAAAUGGAGCACUCCUGUAUUUGAAAGGCGGUGAGAAGGGUAAGGCUAUAGAUUAUCAGGGAUCAAACUUACCUUGUGGAGGAACAAAUGAUGGAGCUUUUUGGAUAGAUUUGCCAAGUGAUGAGGAUGCUGGACAAAAUCUGAAGAAGGGGAACAUAGAGACAGCAAAACUCUAUGUUCACGUAAAACCAGCAUUAGGAGGGACUUUUGCUGACAUCGUGAUGUGGGUUUUUUGUCCCUUCAAUGGUCCUGCCACCAUUAAAGUGGGACCGAUGAAUAUUGCUAUGAGUAAGAUAGGAGAACACGUGGGUGAUUGGGAACAUUUCACCCUCCGAGUGAGCAACUUCACUGGAGAGUUAUGGUCAAUGUUCUUCUCUCAACAUAGUGGAGGGGAAUGGGUAGAUUCAUUCAACCUGGAGUAUAUUGAGGGGAACAAAGCCAUUGUGUAUUCCUCAAAAAGUGGGCAUGCUAGCUACCCCCAUCCUGGGACUUACCUUCAAGGCUCAUCCAAACUUGGAAUAGGAAUUCGCAAUGAUGCAAGCAGAAGCAAACAUUUUGUGGAUUCAAGCAUCAAAUACGAGAUUGUUGCUGCAGAGUAUCUGGGUGAUGGAGCCGUUGCAGAGCCGAAUUGGUUGCAGUACAUGAGAGAGUGGGGCCCUACAAUAGUAUAUGAUUCCCAAUCUGAAAUAGAGAAGCUAAUUAAUAUGCUCCCGUUGUUUGUUAGAUUCUCUUUGGAGAACAUACUGGAAUUAUUUCCUACAGAGCUUUAUGGGGAGGAGGGGCCAACUGGUCCGAAGGAGAAGAAGAACUGGAAAGGAGAUGAAAUAUGCUAGUGCUCUGCUGCCUCGCAUGACCAUCUUCUUGUCUGUGUUACUGUUGUGCUGUUUUCCAGGUUUGUCUUUGCCACAUGACUAUGCUUGGCGCUGCCUUUAUGAGGUCCUGUGAUCUGUAUCUGUGUACCGUGCUGGUGUUGCGAGUGUGUCAGGGUUUGUGUUCUCCAAUCCUCGAGUGUGGAUUCUGGAUUCUGGCCGAGCAAGGACCGUGAAUCUGUGAUCACUUGAUUUCCCUGCCAUCGUUAUCGUCAUUGCUUGGAAUCUUCGUUUAUUUUGUGAAUGAAGCAUUUAUGUCUUCCUAGGUUGAUAUGUGAAUAAAAAAUUAUAAAAAAUAAAAAAAGAGGACAACUACUUGACGAGUUA